GCAGAGGGAUCUCUUACCAAUGAUCGAUCAAACGAUAUAACGUACCAUUAUUCAAUCUGAAUCUGUUCCGUAUCGUUUCAGAAUUUCAUCGAAAAGUCGUUAUCGACCGUAUCUUCAGAUAAACGUUGACAGAGGAUAUCGGAAAGCUAUCCGUAAAGUAAAAAUCAGUCAUCAAAGUCUAUGGACAGAAGUAGUUUCAAGUUUCUUUCCGAGGAGAAUUUAGCUUGGAGAAAUUAACCUCGAAGGAUCGUUGCUUUUCGAAAUUUGUCCAUCGUUUCGAGGAGAGGAGAAAGAUGGAUCGUCGAGUGGAUCAAUCAACCGAUAAUUAAACGUCAAUCGUAUAUAGUGGUGGACAGAGAGGCGUCGAUUGAUAUUCGAGAGGGUGGUUCAGCGAGUGGAAAAAAAUAUGUUGACAUCGCCUGGAAUGAGUUUAAUGGUGGCUGGUGUCGCCUCCGGGAUAUGCUUUCUCAUCUACACCAGCGUUCUAAAGGGGAAAUCCGGGGAUUCGAAGGAAGAGGACAAUGAAAUUCCUGUGGGCGAGAAUCGUUGCGCCUGUUGCCUGAGGCCACUUUAUCUGGGCCGUGGGGUUCGUUGCAAGGACUGCGGUGAAAAAUCGUGCAGAAAAGGUUGCUCCCGUUUCGAUCCCUCGGACAACGCUUGGCGUUGUAUCUUUUGCCGUCAACAAAGGAAUUGGUUGGAGAGGCACGGAUCCGAGGCGUUCGGUGGAUCGAUCAGUCAGGAAGAUCUACGUUUGUACUUCAAUACGGCAAAAUCAAGGGUUUACGUAGCAGGAGUGGAAAAUGCAGCUACCAGUUCGGGACAAGAUUUGGCCGCGGAGAAAGAAGAGGCGAACACGAUGGAAACGUUUCGAGAUUUUGUCGAGAAGAUAGUGGUUGGUUUGAUCGGCAACAUGGACGUGCCGAUCAAUCGAGUGGUAUAUCAUCAUUCGCCGUAUGGCAAGCUUUUGGAAAAACACCUUGUACCUUUGAUCGAUGCACUCGCAAGUUUGGCUAUAGUACUGCAAUCAACUUUAGAGAACAAAUCUGGCACGGAUGUGGGAACGACGGCGCAGGCGCUUCGCGACAUCGUGGAACGUGUCGUCGAGGAGGCGAAGAGACUGCCGGGCCUCGGAAGUUGCGACGGAAGGAUUCAGGAGGAGAGGAACGGUGUGGAGAACAGUUACGAGGAGGUGCUCGCCACCACGAUCCUCAACAAGGUCAUCGAGAAAUACCAAAAGAAAGAGGUGGACGGCAAUAGCAACGUUCUCCCUGGGAAGAUCGUGCCUGCGAAAUAUGCAUCGAGUGAAAGCGAGGCAGGGCUCGACGAAGGUGUCGAAGAAGGUUGCAGCAGCUUGGAACCGUUGUCUCAGGAGGAUUGCGCCAGCAACUACAGUGCAUCUAGCUCGAGACGCGUUAGAAACCAACCGGAGUCAUUAUCUCUCACGAUAGAAGAACGAAUAGAGGAAGUGACCACAACUUAUGCAUCCGACGAGGAUUCCAGGGAAUCUCUCUUGCCCGUCAAGAAUGCCCAUCGAGUGCCAUUUCCUGAACUUGGAAUGGACAUCAUCGAUCCUUUUCAAUCGGAGGACAGCCAAGACGAGAUCGACACACCGACCAACGUAGAUUUAGUAUUCCCGGUCGAGUCUUGGGAAGAGAAUUGGCUGUUCCAAAAGAAGAAGGUUCAGACACAGCAGGCUGACUCCGUGGCCAUGUUGGUACCGAAUCCUAGCGCCGAUUAUAAGGCUCUGAUCGGUGACAAGGACGCGGAGGAUACCUCCGACUUGUCCGAAUGUUCCUCGGCGCAGGCGGACGAGGACAUCGAGAAAGAGCUGAUGGAGGCGAUAAGCAACGUGGUGCCGCGAACUCCAGAUGAGAAAAAGUUCGGAGAGAAUGAUGUUCUGGACCAAUAUCCAAUCGUCGAUUCGUCAAAAACUGACAUUCGAGGCUUGAAAGAUCGAAGGAUCGACGAGGAUGGUGAGAGACGAGGCGACGAGGUUGAAGCCAAAGAGAUCGAGGUAGAGUGUCGUUCCAAAAGUGUGAACGAGAAACCUGUUCCAAAAGCGGGAAAUUUAAACGAGAACGGGGCAAAGGAUGAGACGAGAAAUUUGAUUAACGAGGAGAGUUCGAUCGAAUUCGAUUGCUCGAUAGAGGGGAAUGAACUGUUCGCGGAUAAUUUAUCGAAUCGCUCCAAACCUUUUGCAAUUUCCACGACCGAUGAAAACUUGCUAGACUUGCCAAAGACACCGACAUCGACGCCGAGAAUCUCCAUGGUGGAACUGAGAGAAUUGGAGGGAAGCGAUAACUUGGAAUCAAUCGAUUCGCGGGAAAAGAACGUUCUGAAUUCGUUGGAAUGCGCGAAAAAGAAGUUGAUGGCCGUGAACGACGUGGAAGAAGAGGUAUUGGACGAGGAGGAAGCAAUGUUCGCUCAACAGAAAGUCGACUUUCAUGCCGAGGAUAUUCAGGAACAAGAAAGCGAAUACACGGAGCAUUAUGAUAUCGCGACCCAAAGGCACUUGGAUAGCUUGACGAAGAGUGAACCGUCCGAUUUUUCGCCACUGAUAGAUUCGACGAUGGAAAAUGAGGGGAGCAAAUGCCGAGAGGCUGUGGCGUCCGCCAAAGCUGAAUCGGCUUCGCAUCAGUCCCAGCAGAGCAAGAAUUCAGACGAAGAGGUCCGACUUGCUACUCCUCCGAGACCAGGUACGAUCGCCGAACGUGAGCACAAAAAGUGGGAAAAUGCUCCACCUAUCGAAAACAAUCCCUACAGCCGGGAGAAUAUUCAAAAGAGGUUGUGGGAGAGGCAAUACUCGAGAAGAUCGUCGGAAAAUUCCGGAAUUUACACCGAAUUGUCAACGAGCAAUGGGACGGACUUGCUUGACGUGUUAACAUCUCGAGAAUCAAAUAUGCAAAGGUUCGGCAGAGAUUAUUACGUGAACGGAUCAGUGAAUGAGAAAGGUAGAAGAUCGUCGGACAAUCCCGGAAUACAUAACGAAUUGGCAAUGAGCAACGGAACGGAUACGGAUGACAUGUCAUCAUUACGGGAAUUAAAUAUCCAAAGAAACCUCGGGGAUUAUUACGAUACGAAAAUGAACGAGAAAGGGAGAAGAUCGUCGGACAAUCCUGGAAAUUACGAGUUAUCAACGAGCAGCGGGAGUUUGAACGACGUGUUGACGACAUUUCGAGACGAAAGCGUACAAAGAUCUGCCGGGGACUAUUACCUGUACGAUCAAAAAGCGUCAGUAAACGAGAAGGGAAGAAGAUCGUCGGACAAUCCCGGAUCGGUCGAGGAUAAUUACGAGAAAAAUCCAAAAUCAUCAGCGAAUAAAAAAGAAAGAAGAUCGUCAGAUAUAAUAAUCGAUGACGUUUCAAUAUUCCAAGAACUAAAUAUACAAAGAUUCGCCGGAGACUGUUACACGAACGAUUCAAAGCCGUCGGUGAACAACAAAGGGAGACGAUCGUCGGGCUUUUCGACCUCGACGAGCAGACCGAGCAGCUCGUUAUCCCAACGAUCAAGCUUCAAUGGGAUCGCGGACCAGGAUCAACAGGAGGAGACACAAUACAAGGAAACGGAGUCUCUGUUGAAUCGAAGCAACGAUGUCAAAUCCAAAGUGGCUAAAUGGCAAAAUAACAACGUGGAGAGCAAGUAUCUGCCGGCUGGGCAGGAUGAUUCCUCGAAAGGAGCUGAGAAAGGAAAGGAGAAGUUCUCCUCGAGGACCAUCGAGGGUCAGAGGUCGUGGGAGGAGCAACGGAUGGAGGAGAUUCUGGAGAACGAGAGGAAGAACAGCAAGAACGAAAUAAACGCGAAAUUGAAUAACCAAGAGAACACCGUGAUUGAAACGAAAAUGUUCAAUUCUGAGAGAAACCAACGAAAGAUCAAGAGGAUCGAUUUGAAGGCGUACGGGUUCGAAAAUGAAUUCUGCUCCAACAGAACGAUCAGAACUUCGACGCCAAGAGUUGUGAAUAAGUUGGAUCUCAGGUCUUUCGGCUACGACGAUGGAAUUCGACGAACGCAGUCAAAUAUUCAAUUGAACACCGUCGACAACGACGAAUUCAAGGUUUCUAGGUACACCAAUUUGUCGCAACAAAAGGAUUACAAGGACGAUAGUCAAGAUGAGAUCGAGAAUCGAGGAUCUGGGGACAACAGCUUGACGCAGAGCACGGAGACACUCAACAAAUUCGAGGACGAGAGUUACAACGAGUUCAAAUUGAGGCCCGCGAAAUCGGUGCCGAACAUCACCAAGUGUUAUUCGAACAGGAACAGCCAGAGGGAGGAAGAGGAGGAGUACGAUCGAAACUCGUUCGACGAGUUUGAAGUGAUAAAGACCGGAUCGGUGAGGAAUCUUGCGAACAAUUAUAAUCAGAAGACUGUUAAUAUUAAGAGUAGCCAGUCAUCGAUCGAUGGAUCAGAGAACGAUGGGGAUAAUUCUUUGGAGAGGACGCAGAGUCAUCAGUCGUUGAACGACAUGAAGAAGAAAAGUUCGAGCGACGAGGAGUUUGAUAAUAAGGUGUUGCCGAUGCCAUCGGUCAGAAGGCUUGCUGAGGUAUUUAGUAAGCAAAAUGAACACGUUCACGUUCCUGUUACAAAGGCAACGAAAUCAUGUAACAUGUACAACGAGAGAUCUUCGACGCCAGAAAUUCAAAUAGUUGAAACACCGAGGCAAAUGCACAGCCUAACCGCCAGAUCACUUUCGAAACAAUUUCGAGAAGGCUUGAGGCGAAUUCCAAACAAAGUGACUUCACCUCCGGCUAGCCACGUCGUUAUGGAACAAUGCAAAGGCGAGAACCAAAUGGAAAUAGUGCAACCGAAGAACGAUGUAUUUAACGAUACGAACGUGAUCCUACCGGGAAAAUUGAAAUCGAAUAUAAUAUUCUGGGAACAGAUGCAGAAAAAGAUGUAAAGCAUAUCUAUUUGCUUUAAAUUUGGUGCACGUUUGUCAAAAAAGAGAAAAGAAAUU